GAGGCGCCCGUUCGGCCGCUAGCUCGCUCGCUCGCAGCAUGGCAGCCGCGCUGGUGCUCCGGGGGGCGGCCGGCAGCCUGCUGGGCCGGGGCCGGCGGCGGGGUGCGGGCCAGGCCGGCCCGGCGGCGGUGUGUUCUAGGUCAAUGGCUUCCAAGACUCCAGUUGGAUUCAUUGGACUGGGCAACAUGGGAAAUCCAAUGGCCAAAAACCUCAUCAAACACGGAUACCCCCUCAUUCUGUAUGACAUAUUUCCAGAAGCAUGCAAAGAUUUCAAAGAUGGGGGACAGGUGGUGUCUUCCCCAGCAGAUGUAGCAGAGAAAGCAGAUCGAAUUAUUACGAUGCUGCCUUCCAGCAGUAAUGCGGUAGAAGUUUACACGGGACCUAAUGGGAUUCUGAAGAAAGUGAAGAAGGGCUCUUUACUAAUAGAUUCCAGUACGAUUGACCCUGCGGUGUCAAAAGAGCUGGCAAAGGAAGUUGAAAAAAUGGGAGCAGUUUUCAUGGAUAGCCCUGUUUCUGGUGGGGUGGGAGCUGCUCGAGCUGGGAACCUGACGUUCAUGGUUGGAGGACUGGAGCAGGAGUUUGCUGCUGCCAGAGAAUUGCUCGAAUGCAUGGGAUCCAACGUGGUGUAUUGUGGAGGGGUGGGAACCGGACAGGCAGCAAAGAUAUGCAACAAUAUGCUGUUAGCCAUCAGCAUGAUUGGGACUGCUGAAACAAUGAAUCUGGGAAUCAGGUUGGGUCUUGACCCAAAACUGUUGGCCAAAAUUCUGAAUAUGAGCUCAGGUCGUUGCUGGUCAAGUGACACUUACAAUCCUGUACCAGGGGUAAUGGAUGGAGUACCUUCUGCUAAUAACUACCAGGGUGGAUUUGGAACAGUGCUUAUGGCCAAGGAUCUAGGUUUGGCACAGGACUCUGCUACCAGCACGAAAAGCCCAGUCCUUCUCGGGGGCCUGUCGCACCAGAUCUAUAGGAUGAUGUGCGCCAAGGGCUAUGCCCAGAAAGACUUCUCCUCAGUCUUCCAGUUUCUUCGGGAGGAAGAGAGCUUGUGAGCUGGCUCUGGCAGCACGCUGGCAGAAACCCAAAGCUUUCUGGGAGCCUUGUUGUUGCUCACCCCAGCUGUAAGUGGGUCUGAUCAGAGGUCACAUGUCACUGUCUUUCCUAGACCCAUCUCCUUUUGGUUAUCUGGGUCACAGUGAUCUAGGUCUAGAAAUGUUUUUCAUCCAUUUAAAAAACCUGCUUAUUCUUUUUGGUUUAUUUAGUGAUUGCACCAUAAUUCAGAGGCACACCAAAGCAAUACUAAGCUUUAAAAAUGUGGUUUUUUUUUAAUAUUUUUGCCACCCUGGAGUAUUACCUUGGGCAAAUUCCGCUGAAUCUUUGCUUACUUUAGCUAGGUUAUUAGCCACUUCAUUUUACAAAUAAGCCAGCUCUCAAUCAAUUUUCACCAGAAUGAAACUUUUCUUUGUGGGGAGAAGGAGGUGCAGUUAUGGGGCAGGGGCAGAUUGGUCAGACUGAGGAAGUGUGAUGAGCGCCUUCCCUCUCCUGGCUUGCUCACCCACCCGGUAGGUUUGUCUUCUUAAACACUUGGUUUCUCUUAGGUUAAUAGAGUUACUGAUUGUUUUUGUUCCAAGGAGUUGAUAAAAUUAAGUAACAACUUGUUAUUGUGUUUUACAAUUUGGACUUAGUUACAGUAUCUGUGUGUGUGUAUAUGUGUGUGUGUGUGUGUGUGUAUGUCCAUGUCCAUAUCCAUGUCCCUGUCCCUGCCCCUUCCAGUAAAGCCUCCAUGUACUGUGAACUGAUUUUUAAACUUUUUGUUUCCAUGUUCAUUUUUUCAAGUAUUUUUGGACAUCAAAAGAAUGGCAUCUUUAGGGCCUGCUCCUGGGUUAACAAUGUAUAUUUGCUUUAGAUGAUUAUUAUGUUACUCUGAAUAAACAAACCACAUUAUUUUGAAUUCAAAUAAA